AUGCAGAUGUAUGGACAGCGUUCAGAAAGCCUAGGCAUUGAGGCCUAUAGAGGAGGUGGACCAGAGCUAUCCCUGGAAGUCAAGGUUUGUGAGAAACGGCCCAACUUUUAUCGGUGCAAAUACCACUGUGAAUCUCACAAAGACUGUCAAGCAAAUAAUGUAUGCUGUUUAACCUUCUGCGGGAAUGUUUGCAUGAGCCGGCUGUGA